AUGCAAUUAGAAAAAGUAAGAAUCCUAGGAAAUGAUUGUAUUCAUAUUGGAUAUAACAUCCAAGCCCAUAUAGUUAAAACUAUUCUGGAAACAUGCAUAUCAUCAACUUACGUAGUUAUAUGUGAUUCGAAUGUUACUGUAGUGCCAUACUUCGGUUCAUUGUGUGAAGCGUUGGAAAACAAGUUACCAGGCAAUUCGCGGUUGUUGAAACUCGUCAUACCGCCAGGUGAAAGUAACAAGACCAGAGAGCAGAAAGCUAAGAUAGAAGACUAUUUAUUGGCUCAAGGAUGUACUCGUGAUACCGUCAUUAUUGCAGUUGGUGGUGGUGUGAUUGGAGACAUGAUAGGUUUCGUCGCUGCGACUUUUAUGAGGGGGGUGCGCUUCGUUCAAGUCCCCACAACAUUGUUGGCAAUGGUUGAUUCUUCAAUAGGCGGCAAGACUGCAGUGGAUACUCCUGCAGGUAAAAACUUCAUUGGUUCUUUUUGGCAGCCAGAAUAUGUUAUGGUGGACGUAAGAUGGUUGGAAUCAUUGCCGCGUAGGGAAUUUAUUAACGGUAUUGCGGAGGUGAUAAAGACCGCAUGCAUUUGGAAUGCAGAGGAGUUUGCUCGGCUUGAAUCGAACUCUGAUGAGUUCUUGAGAGUGGUACAUGGUGACAAACGCAUAUCGGUCAUGGUUAACGGUAGUUUACAUGAUAUUUCUCACACGAACAUUGAACUUAUGCUACCACAUAUCUUCAAAAUGGUAUUGGAAUCCAUUAAAGUUAAAGCUCAUGUUGUAUCUUCUGAUGAACGUGAAUCUGGCUUGCGUAAUCUUCUAAACUUCGGUCAUACUAUUGGACAUGCUUAUGAAGCAAUUUUGACCCCAAAUGCUUUGCACGGUGAAUGUGUAUCAAUUGGUAUGGUUAAAGAAGCCGAAUUGUCACGGUACUUAAAUAUAAUGUCGCCCACGCAGGUUGCUCGUUUAACAAAAAUUUUGAGUUCGUAUGGGUUGCCGGUGUCUCCAGAUGAAAAGUGGUUCCAGGAGAUGACUAAUUAUAAGAACACACCAUUAGACGUUUUACUAGCCAAAAUGAGUAUUGACAAAAAGAACGAAGGUGCAAAAAAAAAGGUGGUUCUUCUAAAGACAAUUGGUGAGUGCUAUGGGAAUUCAGCUCAUUACGUGUCGGAUGAAGACUUGAAAGUUGUAUUAACAGAUGAAACAUUAGUUUAUCCGUUCAAUAAUAUUCCAUCUUCGCAGAAGAAAAUUGUUGUCCCUCCAGGGUCCAAAUCUAUCUCCAACAGAGCGUUAGUUUUAGCCGCGCUUGGAAAAGGGACUUGUAGGAUAAAGAACCUAUUACAUUCUGAUGAUACUAAACACAUGCUUCACGCUGUUGAGCGUUUGAAAGGUGCUACAAUUUCAUUCGAUGAUAAUGGAGAGACUGUUGUCGUUGAAGGCCAUGGUGGUACGACCUUACGAGCAACUUCAGAUCCAUUAUACUUGGGUAAUGCGGGGACUGCAUCAAGGUUCUUGACUUCAGUCGCAGCUUUAGUCAACUCGCAUGAAGAAAACGACUUUGUCGUUUUAACAGGAAAUUUGAGAAUGCAAGAAAGACCAAUCCGACCAUUAGUUGAAUCACUUCGUGCAAAUGGUAUAGAAAUCAAGUACUUGUUGAGAGAGGGAUCUUUACCUUUAAAAAUUUCUACCGGAUCUAAAUUGAAAGGUGGUAGAAUAGAACUAUCGGCCACUCUUUCUUCUCAGUAUGUGUCUUCGAUCUUAAUGUGCGCUCCCUAUGCAGAGGAGCCUGUUACUCUAGCACUCGUUGGCGGUAAACCUAUUUCUCAGCUCUAUGUCAACAUGACAAUCAAAAUGAUGGAAACUUUUGGGAUCAAAGUUACUCAAUCAAAUAGCGAGCCAUAUACGUACCAUAUUCCAAAAGGUCAUUAUAUUAAUCCUCCAGAAUAUGUCAUUGAAUCUGACGCUUCUUCUGCCACAUAUCCGUUAGCAUUUGCAGCAAUGACUGGUACUACCGUUACGAUUCCUAAUAUUGGUUUUGAAUCCUUACAGGGCGACGCCAGAUUUGCUCCUGAUGUUUUAAAGCCAAUGGGGUGCUCCGUUACACAAACUGCAACCUCAACUACAGUUACUGGUCCACCAAAAGGGCAAUUAAAGCCUUUAACUUUCGUUGAUAUGGAGCCUAUGACAGAUGCAUUUUUAACUGGAUGUGUCGUGGCUGCGAUCGCGAAUAACAAUGCUCCUGGCGAUAAAAAUAUAACUACAAUGGAAGGUAUUGCAAACCAGCGCGUUAAAGAAUGUAAUCGGAUACUGGCAAUGGUCACUGAACUUGCAAAAUUUGGCGUUCAAGCGAAUGAACUUCCAAAUGGUAUUCAAGUUUCAGGUAUUACCCUAGACAAACUCAGUGUGCCAAUUGAUUCCAAUGGUGUAGCUGGAGUCCAUACCUAUGAUGAUCAUCGUGUCGCAAUGAGUUUUUCGCUUUUAGCUGGUAUGGUUAACCUUGGCCGCCAACCCAAUAACACUGAGCCAGUAAGAAUCUUAGAAAGAAGAUGCACUAGUAAAACAUGGCCAGGUUGGUGGGACGUUUUGCAUUCAGUUUUGGGCGCCAGGUUGGAUGGUGCAGAACCUCAAAUAGAUUCUAAAUCCAAUAAAAGGAAAAGUGUUAUAAUCAUAGGAAUGAGGGCUGCCGGUAAGUCUACCUUGAGUAGUUGGUGUGCUGCUGCCCUAGGUUAUAAGUUGGUUGACUUGGAUAUUGAAUUUCAAAAGCACUAUGAUAAUCGAACGGUCAAAGAAUUUGUUGCAGAGAAUGGAUGGGAAGCAUUCAGAACAAAGGAGACAGAGAUAUUUAAGGGCUUGAUUGACUCACAUGGAGACGAUGGCUAUGUUUUUUCGACAGGUGGUGGAAUUGUCGAAAAUAAAGAGGCUCGGGACCUCCUCCAAGAGUUUAGUAAAAGUGGUGGGGUCGUUUUACAUUUGCAGAGAGAUAUUGAUAAAACUAUUGCACACUUACAAGUGGAUCCUACAAGACCAGCGUACGCAGAGAACAUUAGGAAUGUAUGGGAAAGAAGAGAAGCAUGGUAUCAUUCAACUUCUAAUUACACAUUUUAUUCACCACAUUGCUUAAAUGAAGCCGAAUUUCAGAACUUGGAGAGGGUUUUCACGGAGUAUAUUAAAAGAUUGUGCGGUGUGAGCUCUAUUAACCUUCCAAAACAAAGAUCCGCCUUUGUAUGCUUAACAUUCCCUGAUUUGGAACAGCACGUUGAUAAACUAGAAGAAAUUACUUACGGUUGUGAAGCCGUGGAACUUAGGGUUGAUCUUUUAAAAACUCACGAACCAAGUUUUGUUACUAAACAGUUGUCUAUUUUGCGCAUUUCAACUAAUUCCUUGCCCAUAAUAUUUACUGUAAGAACCAAAUCUCAAGGAGGUAGUUUUCCAGACAACGAUUUUGACGCAAUGAGUAAAUUAUUUGACAUUGCUUUGAAGGCAAAUGUCGAGUUUAUUGAUAUGGAAUUAAACUUACCACUGUUUAUCCAGAAGAAAUUAUUGAAGCAGAAAGGCAGAACUAAGAUUAUUGGAUCUUUCCAUGACUUUCCCGCCGAGUUCCCAUGGGACCACCCUGAAUGGCAAAAAAGAUUUGAACAGGCUGCUGCUUUGGAAGUAGAUGUCGUUAAAUUCGUUGGAACUCCACGUUCUUUUGAUGACAAUUUAAAAUUAGAACAAUUUAGAGCAGCUCACGCCGAUAGACCUUUGAUUGCUAUUAACAUGACAGAAGUAGGAAAGAUCACUAGGGUUUUGAAUACGUUGUUAACACCUGUAACGUCUGAACUUUUACCUUCAUCAUCUGCUCCUGGGCAGGUUACGCUACCAGAGAUCAACCGUUUAUACACCGCUCUAGGAGGCAUUGUACGAAAGGAAUUCUACAUAGUCGGAACCCCUAUUGGGCACUCGAUGUCCCCAAUUUUGCACCGGUCAGGCUAUGAGGUUUUGGGGUUGCCACAUGAGUUCAGCAAAUUUGAAAGUGAUUCUGCCGAAGAUGUAAACCGCAAGUUGUUAUCCAAGUCAAACCUUGGAGGAUUGGCAGUAACCAUUCCAUUGAAAAGAGAUAUUAUGAAAUACUUGGAUGAAUUUUCUGAUUCUGCAAAAGCUAUUGGUGCUGUUAAUACAGUUAUUCCAUUGUCCAAUGGAAAACUUUUAGGCGACAAUACAGACUGGAUUGGUAUCAAGAAUUCACUAAUAUACCAUAAUGUCCCUGAACAUGUAGAUGGGGUUGCUGGUUUAGUGAUUGGGAGUGGAGGGACUUCAAGAGCUGCCAUCUAUGCGUUGCACAAUUUAAGAUGCUCAAAAAUUUUCCUCGUUAACCGAACUAUUUCAAAACUUCAAGUUCUAAAGGAUGAUAUGCCGACCGAAUGCAACUUGCACAUCAUAGAAUCUCUAGAAGAUAUCAAAACCAUUAUUGAGCCUAUUGGCAUCAUUGUUAGUUGCGUUCCAGCUGAUGCUCCAAUGGAUAGUUCUUUAUUGGAGAAGGUACAGCGACUUUUGGCAAUGAAUAAGGGAAUUGCUUUUAAACCUACACUUCUAGAUGCUGCUUAUAAGCCCAGGAUCACCCCUGUUAUGCAACUUGCGAAGGAAAUGUAUAAUUGGCAAACUGUUCCAGGAACAGAAAUGUUGGUUCAUCAAGGCGUUGCCCAAUUUGAAUUAUGGAACAAAACUAAAGCUCCAUUUAAGAUCAUGCAUGACACUGUCACUAAAGGUUAG